AUGGCUGAAGAGACGAAACCCGCCGUUCCUCCAAGCGACAACGCCGCCGCCGAUGCCGAGGCUGGUCCCUCAAAGAAGGCCGCCAAGAAGGCUGAGGCCAAGGCCAAGAAGGAGGCGCUGAAAGCCCAGCGAGCGGCCGAACGAAUUGCAGUGGCUUCAACCUCCAACGAGCCCGAGGAAGACCCCGCCAAAGACUUCUACGGCCCCGCCACUCCGGCCCUGCUCAAGUCCUUCUCGGCCGAUGCUGAGGACGUCACCCUUCGAUCCAUCAGCGAGUCCCAUAUCGGAAACAAGGUCGUCAUCCGGGCGUGGCUGCAGAACACGCGCAUGCAGGGCGCAAAGAUGGCCUUUGUCGAGCUGCGCGAGGAGGGCAAUUGGGCCAUCCAGGGCAUUGUCGCGGCCACGGGCGACGUCAAGGAGGGCGACUCGACCCCCGUCAUCAGCAAGCGCAUGGUCAAGUGGGCGGGGGCCGUCAACCCCGAGAGCUUUGUCACGGUCGAGGCGACGGUCGAGAAGCCCUUUGCUCCCGUCAAGAGCUGCCGCGUGUCCGACUUUGAGCUGCACAUCUCCAAGAUCUUUGUCAUUUCUGCCGCCCCGGCUACCCUGGGCAUGACCUUGGCCGCGGCGAACCGGGCCGUCACAAACUUUAGCGAUGAGGAGGUCAAGCCCGAGGAGGGUGCCCAGGAGAAGGAGGCUGAGGGCGGCCCUCCGGCCGCUUCCAUGCUGACUCACUUGGACAACAUUGUCAUGCACAAGCGAUCGCCCGUCCAGCAGGCCAUUGCCGAUAUUCGUGUCGAGGUCAAGCACUUGUUCCGUGAUUACCUGAGGGAGCGCGGCUUCAAGGAGUUUGAGCCGCCCUGCCUCAUCGGCGCUGCUUCCGAAGGUGGUGCCGGCGUUUUCGCCAUGCCCUACUUCAACCAAAAGGCCUACCUUGCCCAGUCACCGCAGUUCUAUAAGCAGUUUGAGAUUGCUGGUGGCCGAAAGCGCGUCUUCAGCAUUGGGCCCGUGUUCAGAGCCGAGAACUCCAACACCCCGAGACACAUGACUGAGUUCACUGGUCUCGAUUUGGAGAUGGAGAUUCGCAAGGACUACCACGAAGUCCUUUCCGUACUGGAAGGCGUGCUGUUGCACAUUUUCCGUGGCAUUGAGAAGAACUGCGCUGCCGAAAUCGAAGUCGUUCGUUCCGUCUAUCCUUCCCCCGAGAUUCUCCUCCCCGAGCCUGGAAAAGAACUGCGCUUGACAUUCGCAGAGGCCCAGAAGCUGCUUCGUGAAGAGGGCCCCGAGGAAUUUCGCAACGUCCGUGACGAUGAGGAUAUGUCAACACCACAGGAGAAGGCAUUGGGUGCUCUGAUUCGCGAGAAAUACAAGACCGACUUCUUCGCAGUCGACAAGUUCCCCGAAUCCGCGAGACCCUUCUAUGCCAAGGUUGACCCUGCUAGCGACCCCAAGGAACCCGUCACCAACGCGUUCGACAUGUUCCUGCGUGGACAGGAGAUCUUGUCUGGUGGUGAGCGUAUUGCCGACCCCGAUGAGCUUGAGGCUCGCAUUCGCUACAAGGGAGUCGACCCCACCAGCGCCGGAAUCAAGGAGUACAUUGGAGUCUUCCGCGAGGCUGGUGUGCCUCCUCACGGUGGAGGUGGUAUCGGUCUUGACCGUGUGGUUGCGUGGUAUCUUGCCCUACCCAGCGUGCACUUGGCCGCCUAUUACCCGAGAACACCCAAGAGACUAUUGCCAUAG